AUGGAAAUCGAAACUCAUGUAGCCGAAGUCUAUACGUCAGUGAAGAAUCUACCGAGAAAGUUGGAGUCUACGAACACGGUCACAAUCAGUCUAUACGAACUGAUCAAGCACGAAGCUGGAAUGGUAACACUAUUAGGAUCAGAUCGCGUCCGCUUGAAGCCACGUGGCGGCUUCACGUCACAUCAUCUCUCUCGACUCCUUUGCGAUCAACAAGUUCCAGAGUCUCAAUAUCUAGGGGAAACAAUCGCUCGUGAUAUCAAAGCUUCACUUGAUAAUGAUCAUUCUCUUCGAGAACCUGUUUUCGUGACCGUUGAUGUCAAUUUCAUCAGAGAGAGGCGUCUGAUUUCGCCGCCGCCGCCGCCGCCUGUUCUUCCUACUCCGUCGAGAGGUGCUUCGAGGGAAGUUUUGCAGAGGUUAGCGAAAGAACAGAGAGUUGAACCAAAGGAUUUGGUAGGGAAAAACGAGACUCAGUGUUCGAUUUGUAUUGAGGAUUGGUCCAAUAAGAGUCAUAAAAACAUUAUCGAGUUGCCUCAGUGUUUGCAUAUGUUUCAUCAACAUUGUCUCUUCGAGUGGCUUGGUCGGCAAAACUCGUGUCCGUUGUGUCGGAGUACUGUUUCGUUUCAUACGAUUGGAUCAAGAAGAAACAGAGAGACUCAAAGAUUGACUUAG